CAUCAUAUGUGAUUGAAAACGAAGAUCGUAUAUUCCUAUCUCAACCUCCGCCGUACGAUCCUAAUCGAACGGUUUACGCAAGCUUCUCCUCACCAUUCUCCACAUUUAUUUCGUCUUAUUCUCAAUAUAAUAUAUAUUUUGCUCUGAAUUUUAUUACUCCUCUGUUGCCGCUCUGAGAGGCUGAGUUCCGCACCAGAUCCCAAGCCUUCCUUCCAUGGCGUCCCUCGCCCUCUCCACCACGCCUUCCUCUCCUGCCCUAACUUCUCUCAGAUCCCGGGCUUCGAUACCGAAAUCCGCCAUUCUCAGGCACGACAAUCGAUGCUCCUCUCGGCCGGCUCUUCCCCUGAGAACCGCCGGCUUCGGAAUAAUCCGACCGCUUGUCUCCUCCGACGACGGAUUCUCCAGAUUCGCCAAGUCCGCUCGCGGAUUCACAGUCAAGGCAUCGUCCACCGCCGCUGCCGCGGGGGCGCCGGCGGCUCCGGCGGGGCAGAAGCCGUGGCAGGGGGCGGCGAUUAAGCCUCUUCUGGCUUCGAUUGCGACGGGGAUUAUUCUCUGGUUCGUUCCGAUGCCGUCCGGGGUUUCGAGGAACGCGUGGCAGCUGCUGGCGAUUUUCCUCGCCACGAUCGUCGGGAUCAUUACCCAGCCGCUGCCGCUCGGCGCCGUGGCGUUGAUGGGAUUGGGCGCUUCGGUUCUCACCAAAACCCUAACUUUCUCCGCGGCGUUCUCGGCCUUCGGCGAUCCUAUCCCGUGGCUCAUCGCGCUCGCGUUCUUCUUCGCCAGGGGGUUCAUAAAGACCGGUCUUGGCAACAGAAUCGCUUACCAAUUCGUUUCCCUGUUCGGUAGCUCGUCGCUCGGGUUAGGUUACAGUUUGGUGUUCAGCGAGGCUCUCUUGGCGCCGGCGAUUCCGUCGGUCUCCGCCAGAGCCGGAGGGAUCUUCUUGCCGUUGGUGAAGUCUCUAUGCGUCGCGUGUGGUAGCAAUGUCGGCGACGGGACGGAGCACAAGUUGGGGUCUUGGUUGAUGCUCACUUGCUUCCAGACUUCGGUGAUUUCGUCGUCGAUGUUCUUGACGGCCAUGGCGGCGAAUCCUCUGAGCGCAACUUUGACGCUCAACACGAUUAAGCAGACGAUUGGGUGGACCGAUUGGGCCAAGGCCGCCAUUGUUCCAGGAUUGGUGUCGUUGCUCGUGGUCCCAAUGCUUUUGUAUGUGAUUUACCCGCCGACAGUGAAGAGCAGCCCCGAUGCGCCGAAGCUCGCGAGGGAGCAGUUGGAGAAGAUGGGGCCAAUGACUACCAACGAGAUUAUAAUGGCUGGGACUUUGCUCCUCACGGUGGGGCUUUGGAUUUUUGGAGGUAUACUGAACGUAGACGCGGUUACUGCUGCAAUUCUUGGAUUAUCUAUCCUUCUUGUGACUGGAGUUGUGACAUGGAAGGAGUGCUUAGCUGAAGGAGUUGCGUGGGAUACUCUCACUUGGUUUGCGGCGCUUAUUGCAAUGGCUGGCUAUCUCAAUAAAUAUGGUCUCAUCUCCUGGUUUAGUCAAACUGUUGUUAAGUUUGUUGGCGGAUUGGGUCUUUCAUGGCAGUAUUCUUUUGGUCUCCUAGUUCUUCUGUAUUUCUACUCUCACUACUUCUUUGCAAGCGGAGCUGCUCACAUUGGCGCAAUGUUCACGGCAUUCUUGUCCGUGGCUAGCGCUCUCGGGACUCCGUCAUACUUUGCUGCAAUGGUGCUGGCAUUCCUCUCCAACCUCAUGGGCGGUCUUACCCACUAUGGAAUUGGAUCAGCCCCUGUUUUCUAUGGCGCUAACUAUGUUCCCCUAGCUAAAUGGUGGGGCUAUGGAUUUCUAAUAUCCAUUGUCAAUAUCAUUAUUUGGCUUGGAGUUGGAGGAGUUUGGUGGAAGUUCAUUGGCUUAUGGUAAGGAGUAUCUAAUUUGCCGACCCAAAAGAUUGGGCAUUAUGUCUGAUUUUUGUUCAUCUUCAAGUUUCCAGGCAGGUUCUUAGUGUUCUUUUACAAUUCUUUUCGUACAAAUAAAUCUUCUUUUUUUUUUUCUUUUUUUUUUU